CCUCUCUCUCAAAACAACUCCACAUGCUAAUAGCGUCCUGACUAUAAAUGCGCGUGACUUCUGCUCUUUCUCCUUCACCACAAGCUGACACACAGCCUUCCAUCUGCUCACCUACAUAAUAGAGAGCUUUUUUUUUAUGUAGUUAACGGAAUACGGUUAAAACACUGUAUUCUUUUUUUGUUGUUGUUGCAUGAACUCGUGCGCUUUUGGACAAGAUGCGCAAAAGUCCACUUCAUUGAAUUAUUUUGGUGCUGGAAAGAAGCCCGACAUACCAAGAAGACAAGUAUGUUUCCUUUGCCGAUGUUUACCGCGGAUCAGGUGGCUCGUGUUUGUGAGAACUUGGAGGAAACCGGUGACAUGGAGCGACUGGGCCGCUUUCUGUGGUCACUCCCGGCGGCCGCCCCUGGUUCAGCAGGCGAGGCGCUGCACCGGCACGAGUCGGUUAUGCGCGCGCGGGCACUGGUCGCCUUCCACGGCGGUGAUUUCGAGGCGCUUUACCGCAUCCUGCAGAGCCACCGGUUCACACGGGAGUCCCACGCUAAACUGCAGGACCUGUGGCUUCACGCGCAUUACCGGGAGGCGGAGCGCAUGCGCGGCAGGCCACUGGGCCCCGUGGAGAAGUAUCGCAUACGCAAGAAGUUUCCUCUCCCACGUACAAUCUGGGACGGAGAGCAGAAAACACACUGUUUCAAGGAAAGGACAAGGAGUUUGCUUAGAGAAUGGUACCUACAAGACCCUUAUCCGAACCCAUCUCGGAAGCGGCACCUGGCCCAGGCUACAGGUCUCACACCUACACAAGUUGGAAACUGGUUCAAGAACAGACGCCAGAGAGACAGAGCAGCAUCAGCCAAAAACAGACUACAGCAAGAUCCUGCUCUUCUCCCCUCUGGCAGAUCUCCUGGAUGUCCUUCCACAGAUCACAACAGAAGCCCAGAGAACAGCGACUGCAGCUUGGGUUCAGGACCUCGGGACACCAGAGCCUCUACACCUGACAUAUCAGUCAGCAGUGACAGUGAGUUUGAGCCCUGAGCCUUGGUUUGGACCCAUAACUAAAACCAAUAAACACACAGACUCCUCUCAGAUACUUGCAGAGACCGAGGUGUGGUCACUGAGACUCAAUCACUCUGUCUGGAAGAUAUGGAGUAUGAACUGGAUACAGUUCAUAUACAUACAGAGAAAAUCUGAAGAGCAUGUGGACUGGAUAUGAGACUGUAAAAGGGCUUCGGAUGUAUAUACAUGCACUUAAAAGUACACUUAAAGUUUGAUUGGUGUUGCCAAAAAAAAACCAACUGGCACAGAGUGAACUGAAAACGUACAGCUGGGAUUAGCAGGAAAGUAUCAGAAAACUGGUUCAGGCAAUGCCAAAACUCUUAUUUCUAUACUGUAUAAUGAAUAAAAAUCUGUUAUUUCAGAUGGUGAAAA